CUGGUGUUUUCAUCAUCACAAAAACUCAUCCCAAAGAAUACCACUAUCAUCGUCUAUUUUAAGAAGGAACCUUCUCAAACAGCAUGUUCGUUCGGCUGAGUGCCGGGUAUACCUCGAUGUCAACGCUGUUCACUACCACAAAAAGCACUGGCACGAUCUCUGAGCUCUCAAGCGCGAGAAAUACAUGGGUACUACCACCGAGGCCACUCCAAAUGGGCACCCGGACAAGACAGUCGUUGCGUCGGACAGGUCGAAAUAUGUCCAGGGAAACGUUGACGAUGCAGUCUGGAGGGCUCGCGCUUGCCUCGAAAGGAUUCAUACACAGUCUGCGUACAUCAGUGUUCUUGCGACGGUCUUGAGAGAGUACCGCAUUGUGCCCGGCGGCGGUCCGGAUGCGAAACUAGUGAAGCAGGAAACUGACAAUCCGGCAGCGGGCACGGCCACUCUAGCUCCGGUCCUAUCUGUCGAGCUGGCGCUGAAGAAGCAGACUGACGUCGGCACUGGCUAG